AUGAGUUCGCAAAAGCCCCUUUGGUACAGAUGGGCUAGAGUCUAUUUUGCAGGAGGCUGUUUGGUUGGGUUGGGAGUCGUACUUUGGUAUACAAUCAGACCAACAGAAGAGCAGCUAAUUGCCCUGUUCUCCCCUGAAAUACGAGCAGACUAUGAGCGGAACAAGGCAUUAAGAGAACAAGAACAGCAGAGGUUAAUGGAGAUUGUGAAGCAAACGUCAGCGUCGAAUGAUCCCAUAUGGAAAGCUGGACCUAUUGGAUCCCCAUUUGAAAAAACACAGCGGAAUUUGAAUAUGGAAUUGAUCGAUAGUGAAUUAUUCCAUAAGCAGCGCGCCGAAGAUGCUCAAAAGGCGGAAAUCCACAAAGGGGUGGAAAAGAAUGAAGAAGUUGAACGGUUGUUACAGGAAAAGAGGCAAAAGGAACAAAAGAACUGGUGGAAGUUCUGGUGA